ACGAAGAACCCUCUCAGCUCGCGGAUCCACCAUCUUUGGUGGUGGCUCUGGUGCGGGCCGAAGAAACCAUUCAUCCCGUGGAUCCAGCCAUGGACCCAGGCUGAACACUGUGCCUGGAUCUCGAUGUCGAGGAAGGCUCCUGCCAUGGAGGGGGACCGGACGCCGUGUCUGGACUGGCAUCAGCGCCGAGGAAGACCAUUCACCAUAGAGAAACAAUGGCUCUCUAUGGUCAGGGCGUGAUACAUGAAGCAAACAGGUGUAUUGGCAGAAUUCUCAUGUUAACCUCGGUGGAAUGAGUCAUACAGUAAUUGUAUUUUUCAACACAGUGCUUGUUCCCUUCCGCCCUACACUUAUGAAAAUGAAAGAUCUUAUGGACCUUUCAUAUCUCUCAGGAAACCACUUAUGUAAUCUAAUUGGCUGCAUUAAGCUGUAGCUGCAGUGUGUCAAGGCUGCUUGAGUGAUUCUCUCUAUUUUCAUAUUAAAUUAAUGUCACAAAAGAAAAUAUAGAUGUCCUCUUUAGAUGUCCAUUCUUUUGGGACAUUUAAAUGUCACUGACUCUUCUCAUACGGCAAACAACUACUUUUGCUUAUUUUUCCGUUGUGCCUGCGUCAUUUCCUGCUGUACUAGGUUGGGGUGAGGUGUUUUGCUGGAAGUGGGAUUUUGCUGUGUGUCAGAGUCACAUCAGAGGAUGCCAGGGAUCACGGGCUUGUUAAUGACUGAGCAAUGGGCAGAGGGAGGAAAUCAUUGUGUGAGGUGCCAAAGUCAAUAAAAAAGAAACCAUUUUCCCAACAUCUAUCUGUGCCAAACACUCCUCCUGUACUCUCUCGAAAGAAUACAAUUUAAGGACUAGCUAGUUUGAUUUAUGCUUAUUCUGUAUCCAUAUGUUUUUUUUAGGCAGACUCCCAAUCUGACAUGCCUAUCUAUUAAAACAAAUUUUACUAAGGUUCAAUGUUUUAAUGUUAGUUGUUUUAACAGAAGCGAUUCUUGAGGUCAAAUCAGAAAUGAUCAUCUCAGAAAUGUUUUCCUGAAGUCGGUAAAGGAGUCCUGAAGAUCAGUUUGGAUGGAAUCCUCCAUCUGUCUUUUCAAGCAUAAUGUGUUAUUACACAGUAUUAUGAGUAAGAGCUGUUCAUCUUAUUCUCAAUUAAUUAACCUCUUAAAAAAUAUUACCACUACUUCAGCAGUUUAUGCCACACUUCCGAUGCUUCUGCACCAUGUUAUGUUAACGUCUUGCUACAUUUAUCUUAUUCUUGGACCUGGUUGGAUCCUAAAGUGCUCAUACUGAAUGGGCUGUACAACGUACUUCCUGCUUCCUGCUCCCGGUGGUUCCGUGGCCUUGUCACCACCUCGUCUGACUGGUCAUUUAUGCAACAGCCUUUUACACUUCAUGAACCCACCCUUCUGAUCUGAAGAGAAUCACCUCUCACUAACCCCUUUAUUUGGCUCACAGACACACAGUGGAACACCAGUGGUACACAUCCCAGUAGCUCCCAGUCCUGUGUCUCUGACCGUUGGUAACCAUGAUGCAGGUUUGGAUCCUCUCACUACUGCUCACACUGUCAUUCUGUGGUCUACAUGUUGAUCCUAGCAAAAUCAAUGCUUUCCCAGAGAGACAAAUAGCUGGGGUGUUUCUGGUCAGCUACACAAAUGACCUCAACCAGUUAACCUAUGCCUUCAAUGCCUCUGAGGCCAGGGAGGUGUGCUGGUCUCUGGGUGCAACCAUGGCCUCCAAUUCCCAUGUUGAGGAGGCUCAGAGAAUGGGCUUGGAAACAUGCAGGUUUGGGUGGAUUGAUGAACAUUUUGCAGUGAUCCCUCGUAUUGAGGCCAGUAAAACCUGUGGUAAAAAUCAGACCGGUGUCAUCAAAUGGAGAGCCUCUGUCACCAAACUUUUUGAUGUGUUCUGCUUCAAUGCUUCAGUGAUACAAUUGGAGGAUACCACAGCUGAUACCGCUUUGACCACACCGAAGCAACAGGAGGGAGCACAUCCUUCUCCUUCAGGAGCGGCCUCAUCCCCCUCUAACUCCCUCUCUCCAGCCAUCAUUCAUCUUGUCCCCUCCACACAGUCCGCCCGGCCCACCUCUCAUUCUCACUCCUCCCUUCUCUCUCUCAGUAGUUUUUCUGAUAGCCCAGAGGAGUUAGAGGUAGAACUACCCCAGUCCAUGAGCAGCGCAAUACUUAUCACCUCCACCAUUGUUCUUCUUCUGAUCGCAAUGGCCAUUCUCUUGUACUUUAGAACGAACAAUGGGCUCAAGACUAUUCUCCCCUGCUGGGAUGGGGAGCAGCAGAAAGAGUACAUUGAGACAGAGGAUUGUGCAGCACACACCUGUUUGAAGGACACAAAGGAAGCCCAGACUGAGGGUGAAGCUAAGGCUGAGCCUGAGGAGGAUGUGUGCAAAGAGACAGCCAAUGACAUCAGUGUGAACAUCAGUGAUGAGACCAACGCAGAUUCAGCAUCAGAGACAGAACCUUGAUGCUUUAGAUUAUGUAAGACCAAAGAUAAGGUCUGGCUGCUUUUUUAAAGUUGUGUUCCUUUUUUAAAGUGAUGUUCCUGCUUAUGGAAGUUAUGUUGUUCAGUAGUUUGUAUAAAGUGUGCAUUAAUGUUAUUCAAAUGCAUUUAUUUAUAGCGUGGGAUGCCUUUCCAAUUUUGCUUUAAAAAGUAAUUUCAUGUCUCCUUGUUUUUUCUUGUUUAUGUUCAAAAUAGAUUGUUCUAGAGAGCGUCCUAUAUUUUAACCACUAGAUGGCAAUGUCAUCAAGGCAAUUAUUGCUGCUAAGUGGAUGAGUUGAGACUAGGAAUAGUAUAGUAGCCGAAUUGAAAAUAGUUUCAUAUUUUCUGCUAUACAUAUAAUUGUUUGACAACAUCAGAAAACGUUAGUCAGUAUGCCAGGGCCACUGCUAACUACUGCAUUUUAAAUCAUGUUUUUAAACUAAUGCCAAUCUUGAACUGAUGCAAUAAAUUCAAACUUUUUGUA